GCACAGAACCAGCAACAGAAUUACGGCAUUUUUGCUCCCUCUGAUCUGAAUAUCCUCAGAGUUACACCUACAGAAUCCCAUAUGUUUUGUUGGUUGGGACUUGAUAGGACGAGCUCAUUGCCAUUCAUCUCCGGCCAGGAUGUUUGACGUUUCUGCAAAUGUGGCAUAAAUGUGUAUAUAGUUAUAUCCAGUCACGCUGGUGAUGGGGGUCAAAGUAAUAACACUCUAUCUACUCUGUCAGCCUAGUAUAGUAAAGUGGGGCUAUUUAUAUAUGCCAGUACAGAGGUUGCUAGUGUGUUACUCCUUGGUCUUUUAGUAAAGCAGUUAAACGGCAACAUACAUCUGCAAAGAUGGAAGAAGAGAAAGUGGAGCUUAGAGAGAUAAACAGGUCCUCAGAAGACAAGUUCAGAAAGUCAGCUAAACCAGCCAACAGGUUUGAGAGAAUAAUCCAGCCAUGCAUUGCUGAGCUUGUGGGGACUAUGUUUUUUGUCUUCAUUGGUUGUGUAUCAGUGAUUGAAAAUGUUGAGGCAGUGGGUCGUCUGCAGCCAGCGCUGGUGCACGGGUUGGCAGUGGCUGUACUAGUGGCAUGUAUGGCAGAGAUCAGUGGAUCUCAUUUCAACCCACCAUUUACUUUGGCUAUUUUCUUAUGUGGAGGAAUGCAGUUAGCAAUGGUUAUCCCGUAUCUUAUCAGCCAGCUUGUUGGAGGAUUGCUUGGUGCUGCCAUGUCAAAGCUCAUGACAUCAAAGGAAAACUACAUAAAUGCCACUGGUGCAGCUUUUACCAUUCUACAUUCAGAUGAACAAGUACCUGGUGCUAUCUUUGCCGAGAUGGCAAUGACCUGUCUGGUGACUAUGGUGGUGCUGCUGGGGGCAGUAAAUGGGAAAAGCAAGAGUCCCAUGGUACCUUUCCUGGUGGGCUGCACUGUGAUUGUCAACAUCCUGGCAGGAGGUGAUGUAUCUGGCACCUGUUUGAACCCUGCAAGAGCUUUGGGACCUGCACUGGUAGCCGGUCACUGGGAUUAUCACUGGGUAUACUGGGUUGGCCCUAUUGGAGGAGGUUUAAUAGCUGCAGCCCUUGUAAGGCUGCUGCUUGGCGAUGAGAAGAUUCGAGUUAUAAUGAAAUGAUGCCACUAUCACAGGAACCUUUAAAAAACACAAGACUGUUUGUUCAACAUUCACCAGUGCUGAUGUCUUAGAGUGCUGAAGUGGUCAUAUGGCCAGCUGAAUUUAUAUAUUCCCAAGUGUAUUGUAUUAUUAUUAAUAAUAAUAUAACUUUGCAAAGAACAAUACAGAAGAAAUUAAACAGAAGAAAAUGUACAGUGUUGUUUAACUCUUAGUUAACUCUUCCAGUGAUAAUUAUAAGGAUAUUACUGAAGAAAUUCUUAAAAUUUUGCAUGAUGAAUUUUCUACUGAAAUAAAUACAUUUUUAUAACAGCA